CCCUACUGCAGAGAAGAAAGUGGAUUUAUUUGGAAGGAACUGCUGUAAAGAGCUCCUCCUUGCACAGCUUUCCACCUAGCCUGAGUGUCUGCAUACUGUGAAGCAUCACAGCUAGGUGGAUAAAGGCUGGAUGUCCUCCCUUCCCUCUGGAGACUCACUCUUUUUUGCUGUGCUCCAAGUGAACUAUAUCACUUUGAGGAUGAAGAGGCAGUAGGGUUGGUCCUGCUACCUGCAGUCACAAGGCAAAGUUGCCUGUAUACGAGGAGAGAUCUAGUCUGCUGUAUUAUUGUAGCAGAGCACAGAGCAUAAUCAGCAUGCUGAUGGGAGAUGACUGCAAAUUAGGAGCUGAACUAAGGACAUGCAGCAGUAAGAGACAUUGUUCUUUCACUGCUUUCUUUCUGUGGAGUACAUGCCAGCCACCAGGAAGAAAACUGUAUGCAGCUCUUGUUCAGUGCAAUAUAAAGGCAGGGAUCUGCAGUCACUGAUGGUUUAAACAUCCUGGAUGGUGUGAUGAGAAACAGCUUUGUGGCCAGAAGCAGUGGAACACCAAGAGAGCAGAAAGUUUGCUUCCCAGCAGGUGCCAGGACCAUGGGUGACACACAGAAGGGCAGGAUUCAUCAGGGAAGUCCUGUGAGACCUGGACUGCAUCUGUUCCCCUCCAGAAUGCUCAAAGGAGAUACCCUCCAGGAUGCUGACCAAAGACAUGACUGCAAGCAGGAGCUGGAGAUAAAAAGUGAGGUGGAGACAUCUUAUGGAGAGAGGCAGAGAAUGGUAACUCCCUGUGGGACGGAAGUCUGGGAGUGCGACAACAGUGAUAGAGCCCACAUGAGCAAGGCUAUCCUUGCUGGUGACAAGCCAGACCCAACCAUUUGUGGGAAGGGUGCCAUUUGGAUUCAGCAGAUGGGAGAGAAAACCUACGAGUGUCCUGAGUGCGGGAAGAGCUUCAGCCGGAGCUCGUACCUGAGCCAGCAUCAGAGGAUCCACCUAGCAGAGAAACCCUUCAGCUGCUCCGAAUGUGGGAAGAGUUUCACCCGCAACUCAGACCUGAUCAAACACCAGCGGAUCCACACUGGCGAGAAGCCCUACCAGUGCAGUGAGUGUGAGAAGACCUUCAGCCAGAGGUCCAAUGUGAUCAGGCACCAGCGGACCCACACAGGAGAGAGACACUACCAGUGCAACGAAUGUGGGAAGAGCUUCAGCCAGAACUCACACCUCAUUGUCCACCAGCGGAGCCACAAGGGUGAGAAACCCUUUAAUUGCCCACGGUGUGAGAAAAGCUUCAGCGAUCGCUCCUCCCUGAUCAUACACCGGAGAGUCCACACUGGAGAGAAGCCUCACAAGUGCCAGGAAUGUGGGAAGCGUUUCCGGGACAGCUCGGCCAUCAUUCGGCAUCAGAGGAUCCACACAGGAGAAAAACCAUAUGAGUGCACCGAGUGUAGAAAAGCCUUCCGGCAGAGCUCCUCACUGGUGACCCACAUGCGAACACACACAGGUGAAAAGCCCUACAAGUGCCCAGUGUGUGGGAAGGGCUUUAGCCAGAGCUCAGCGCUCACCACUCAUCGCCGGAUCCACGGUGGGGCAGCCUUGCCCAUAUACCAUGGUAGCCUCCUGCCCAACCCCUACCAGUGCGCUGAGUGUGGCCGGAGGUGCAGCGACCGCUCCACCCUGACCAAGCACCAGAGCACGCAUGCUGAGGAGCGGCCCUACAUCUGUGUGGAGUGCGGGGACAGCUUCCGACGGAGCUCGGCUCUCAACGUGCACCUGAGGAUCCAUCGCGGGGAGAGACCAUACAAGUGUGAGGAAUGUGGAAAAGCGUUCAGGCACAGCUCAGCCCUCGGUGCCCACCUGAGGAUCCAUGCAGGAGCCAAGCCCUACAAGUGUGGCGAGUGUGGGAAAAGCUUCCGGAAAAGCUCAACUCUUAAAGUGCAUUUGAAGAUCCAUGCAGCCAAGAAACAUUAUAAAUGUAUGCUGGGUAGGAGAAUGCUCACUUCCAGCUCACUUCUGCCAUAGGGCUGCAGUGGAUGUUCAGAACGGGAAACAAAAGCAGUGAUUGAGGAUACCUGAAAAAGGUGGGUGAUGAGAACCACGUUGGGAAGAGACUGACUGGA